GUAUACAUAAAAAAACCAACCAACAACACGGAAGCGACGUGUCUAGCCGCUUUCCCAUUGGCCGGACCUCGAUCAUGUGACUCCACGCGGAGAAACACCCUCACUUCCGCCAGGCGACGGAUCGCUCGGGUUCGGAGCUUCGGAGACCUGCUCCGCGCCAUGGCGUCGUCCCAGGGUCGGCGGCGGCGGAGACCGGGGACGGUGGUGCCGGGGGAAGCGGCGGAGACCGACUCGGAACUGUCUGCGUCCUCGUCGGAGGAGGAGGAGCUCUACCUGGGUCCCUCGGGCCCGACGCGCGGCCGCCCCACGGGGCUCCGUGUGGCCGGGGAGGCAGCGGAGACCGACUCGGACCCGGAGCCCGAGCCCACGGCCGCGCCGGGAGACCUGCCGCCGCUCGUGGUGCAGCGCGAGGCGGCGGAGACGUGGGGCACCGAGGAGACCCCCGUCGCGGCGCCCGCGCGCUCGCUCCUGCAGCUCCGGCUGGCCGAUAGCCAGACGCGCCUGGACCACGACGUGGCGGCCGCGGUGAGCGGCGUCUACCGCCGCGCCGGCCGCGAUGUGGCCGCCCUGGCCGGGAGGCUGGCGGCUGCCCAAGCCACGGGGUUGGCGGCCGCCCACAGCGUGCGCCUGGCUCGCGGGGACCUCUGCGCGCUCGCCGAGCGCCUGGACAUCGUGGCUGGCUGUCGCCUGCUGCCGGACAUACGAGGGGUACCGGGCAUCGAGCCGGAGCAGGACCCGGGAUCGAGAGCCUAG